GUACCAAGUUUCCCCUCGUGGUUUUUAUACCGCUCUCUUUCCCUCCCGUCAUGUGAAGCACCGUGAUCUGCACCGCUUAUCAUUUUUUCUGCACUCUGGAUGCAAGGAUGAGCAAACAGACCCCAGAACAUCAGGCCUCUCUGUUGCUGGGCCGUGCACCGUCUCAUUUGCAAAGCCACAACACAAAAGCGAGGCCAGCAGUGGAAGCAGCGUUUCCCUCCCCACUUCAUUGAGCAACAAUGUGAUUCUUGCGGACCUGCAUUAGGACUGAAUGUGGUUGUAACUAUGGUAACGACAGGGUGGAGGGCAUGGACCCUCUCCCCUUGUGGACUCAUGCUGGUCAUUGGUUGGUCUGUGAGUUUGUCCCAGCGCCAGAACGUCAGUCUUGCAGACUGCAGCAGGAAAGAGCAUCCCGUUGUCUCCUAUCAAGAUUUGAGGAUGUGGAUGUUUGAGUUUUCCUAUCCAGGAGUGAAGGAUUUCUCCCAGCUGGCCAUGGACAUGAGCAGAAACCAACUAAUUGUAGGGGCAAGAAACUUCCUCUUCCGGCUGAGUUUAAGCAACACCUCCCUCAUACAGGCAACCGAAUGGUCUCCUGAUGAAGACACAAAGCGCUCGUGUCAAAGCAAGGGGAAAUCUGAGGACGAAUGUCAAAACUACAUCCGGGUUUUGCUCAUCAAUGGGAGAAUGCUCUUCACAUGUGGAACAAAUGCUUUCACGCCUGUCUGUGUAUCUAGGCAGAUUUCCAACACCAGUCAUGUUCUGGACACAGUGAACGGUGUCGCCCGCUGUCCCUACGACCCCCGCCACAACUCCACUGCCAUGGUGACACAGAGGGGGGAACUGUACGCCGCCACGGUGAUCGAUUUCUCCGGACGCGACCCGGUCAUCUACAGAAGUCUGGGGAACAUGCCACCUCUUCGGACCGCCCAGUACAACUCCAAAUGGCUCAAUGAGCCUCAUUUUGUGUCUGCCUAUGAAAUCGGCCGGUUUGCCUACUUCUUCCUGAGAGAGACUGCAGUGGAAAACGACUGUGGGAAAACGGUGUUCUCUCGGGUGGCACGAGUCUGUAAGAACGAUGUGGGGGGACGGUUCUUGUUGGAAGACACCUGGACCACCUUCAUGAAGGCUCGCCUGAACUGCUCACGCUCAGGCGAAAUCCCUUUCUACUUCAAUGAGCUGCAGAGCACCUUCCACUUGCCGGAGCAAGACGUCAUUUAUGGCAUCUUUACCACAAAUGUAAACAGCAUAUCAGCAUCGGCUGUUUGUGCCUUCAACCUGAGCUCCAUCACUUUGGCUUUCAAUGGACCCUUUCGCUUCCAGGAGAACCCCCGCACUGCCUGGCUCUCUACUCCAAACCCUAUUCCCAAUUUCCAGUGCGGCACACUGGAGGAAGACGGCCCCGGAGGGAACCUAACAGAGCGUAGUCUUCAGGACGCACAGCGGCUUUUCCUCAUGAGUGACGUCGUCCAGCCAAUCACCACUGACCCCUUUCUUACCCAGGACAAUGUCCGCUUCUCCAAGCUGGUGGUGGACAUUGUGCAAGGCCAGAGUGCUCUCUACCACGUCAUGUACAUUGGCACAGAGUAUGGCAGCAUCCUGAAGGCUUUGGCCACAACCAACAAAAGCCUUCAUGGCUGCUACCUUGAAGAGCUCCGGAUCCUCCCAGAGGGGCAAAGGGGAACAAUAAAGAGUCUGAAAAUCCUGCAGAAGGACAGGUCGCUGUUCGUGGGCCUCAACGACAGACUGGUGAAGAUCCCAUUGGAACGCUGCUCAAGUUAUUCAACCGAGCGGAGCUGCCUGGAGGCUCGGGAUCCUUACUGCGGAUGGGAUCUGGAGCAGAAACUAUGCACCACCAUUGAGGGAAGUUCCAACAUGAACCAUUGGAUCCAAAACAUCACCGAAUGCCCAGUGAGGAACUUGACGCAGGAUGGUGGGUUUGGUCCCUGGGCAGUGUGGCAGCCUUGUAACCAUGACGAUGGUGAGGGCACUUUCAGCAGCUGCAAGUGUCGGUCCCGCUCGUGUGACGGACCGGUGGCCAGAUGUGGAGGGGUUGAAUGCAAAGGUCCAACCAUCCAAGUGGCGAACUGCUCCAGAAAUGGUGGCUGGACUCCUUGGUCCUCCUGGGGUCAGUGCAGCAGCAGCUGUGGCAUCGGAUUUGAGGUGAGGCAGCGGUCCUGCAACAACCCCUCGCCUCGCCAUGGCGGUCGAAUAUGCGUCGGUCAGGGUCGGGAGGAGCGGCUGUGCAAUGAGAAAAAGCUGUGUCCUCUGCCUGUGUUGUGGACAGCCUGGGGUCCCUGGGCUCAUUGCAGCGCUGAUUGUGGUGGAGGGGUCCAGUCCAGGUCUAGAACCUGUGAGAAUGGGAACACCUGCCCUGGAUGUGCAAUGGAGUAUAAAGUCUGCAACUUGGAGAGCUGUCCUGAGGUGCGUCGCAACACCCCCUGGACACCCUGGAUGCCGGUCAAUGUCAGCCACGACGGGUCCCGCCAGGAGCAGAGAUUCAGAUACACCUGCCGGGCGCCACUUCAUGACCUCCAGCAACUCCAGCUGGGCAAGAAGAAGCUGGAGACCCGCUUCUGCCCGAACGACGGCUCCGGAGCUUGCCAGACUGACUCUCUGGUUGAAGAGUUGGUGCGGACCAGUGGCAGAACUACGUCCCAACCCCAAGGUGCCCGAUGGGGACCAUGGGAAAUGUGGUCCAGCUGCUCUCAGCAGUGUUCCAGAGGUUUCCGGACCAGAAAACGUAGCUGCUCCACGUCAGAAGGAAGGACCAACCUGGCAGCUUGUGCUGGAUCUCCGGUGGAGUAUCAGGACUGUAAUGCUCACCCCUGCCCAGUGAGUGGAGCCUGGUCAUGCUGGUCUGCCUGGACCCAGUGUUCAUCCAGCUGUGGAGGCGGCCACCAUCAGCGAACUCGGACAUGCAGCAGCCCGGCCCCUGCAAAUGGAGGGGACAUUUGCAUCGGCCUGCACACAGAGGAGGCCCUCUGUAAUAUACACCCCUGUGAAGGCUGGGGUGAAUGGAUGGACUGGGGCGAGUGUGAUGACGAGGGUGUGCAGCAUCGCAGCCGGCGUUGUGGGGAGGAGCAGGAGGCUGAGGCCAGCCUCUGCCAGGGAAACCUCACUCAGUCCAGGCUAUGUCAGCCACAUGAGGUACCAGUUAUUUUACCCGGGCAGGAGAACCAGAGCUGUGGAAAUUUCACCUUGUUCCAGUUGGUGGCAGUGGGCCUCGCCAGCUUCUUCGCUGCAGCUCUCCUCUCAGCGCUGGCAUACUCGUACUGCCACCACCUGAACCGGCCGUCGGCAGAGUCUGCCGUCAUCCACCCCAGCACACCCAACCACCUGACGUACAACAAGCAGGGCAAUGCCGCGCCAAAGAACGAGAAGUACAUCCCCAUGGAGUUCAAGACGCUAAACAAGAACAACCUCCAUGUCAACGACGAGACGUGCAACCACUUCUCCUCCCCGAUGGCGUCCAGCAACAUGUUCACCGCCACCUACUACCCUCCCUGUGUGAGCAAGUACGACUUCCACCCCGACUCGCCCUGCAGGUCCUACAUGCACAGCUGAGAGGAGCAGUUUCUAUGCCAACAUAACCAGAAAACUUCCUGAAAGUUAAAAACAUCUUCCUGGCUGUUGGAAUUUUUUUUUAUUGGGUGCAGUUUCCUCCCAAUCACCAGAAACAUCCUAAUUAAGGACAAAUAUCCAAACAGUUUUCAGUUAACAUCUACUAUUAUGAAUUAUAAAGAACAUCAUUGAAAAUAAAUGUCACUUAUUUCAGAAAUUCAAUUCAAAAAGUGGAUAUUUUGAGGCACUACAGGCUCAGUAAUAUUUAUUUAUUUUAAAUUUGGUAAUACUGGAUGUAAUGAACACCCAAAAGUUUUGGAAAACUUGAUUGUUGCACAAAACCAAUGAAACAAGGGAAAUCUGGCUUCCUAUUCAUUAUAUAUUUCACCACAUUAUUGGAAAGUUGAGUGGAAGGAAAAGGUUCAACUAAAAAAACGGCAUAAUAAAUUUUGAGUUCUAUCAGCAGCCAAUAUUGCAUUCAUAUAGUAAUUCAUGCAAAAGGAGCCCUGACCAAAUAGUAUGUGGGAAUACUUCUCAGUUGGGUGACAUUUCUGUAUUUAAAAAACAAAACAAACAUCUUUAAUACACUUUUCAAUAGAAUAUAUUUUUUAAGUUUUUCCUCAGCUGUAAACCACAGUCAUCACAACGAACAGAAAUCUACUCUCAAAAUACAUUUAGCGCGUAAUAAGUCUACAUAAAAUAUGACUUUCACUCUUUGAAUGGAAUUUCUGAAGCAAACGUCUCGAUAUCCAAAUUCAUAGAGAUCCACCCAUAGAAAGAAGAAGAAGACCUUCCUCUGGUCUCAAACAUCAUGUCAAUCACAAACAAAGAGCUGCCUUUGGUCAGGCUGACUCAAGAGCCACCCAGACGUCAUUGCCAGAGGCUCAGGGGAAUCAAAACAAAAAUGUUCUCGCCUUCAACUCCACAAGCAGGAUGUGUUGUUUUAUGAACUCUGAAAACUAAAAAUGGCUGCUGACAUUCUGCACUGAUGUUCUGGCGGAGUGACAGAGCGGUUUCAACUCUGGGAAACCAACUCUUAAUAGGAACCAUCAGGAUUUCUUACACCCUGUUGAGCAACAGACUGGUUCACAAGGUAUAACACAUGCUAACAGACAUGCACUCUCUGAAAGGAUUUCUGCUUUGACGUGCGGAUCUGUGGCUCACUUGCUUUAAUUUUCGUGUCAAAACUACAAUGAAAAGAAGACGAAACAGAAAACUUAAAUGUUUUUAAUCAGCAGAAUGGUGUUCAGUGGUGGAAUAUUCAUGGAUGUGAACAUAAAAUUCAAUCAAGCUAUAUUUGAGGCAUUUCCAGUCCUGGUCAGAAGUUUCCAUACUUCUUUGAUUCAAGGUUUUAAAAAUGGAUUUAACAUGUCCUUCCAGAAUAGAGGGGUUAUACAACAACUAUCCUGAGAAAGGUUUGCAUUUAUUGUGUUUUUAAUCCACAGAGAAUCAAACUUACAGGCUUAAAUUUAUACACAAGCAAAAACAGCAGUGGUUUGACUGCAGCUUGCUUAAAGAGACCAAAUGUUAAUGGUAAAAUCUAUAGUAAAUUGAAAAGAUUCGAAAUGCUGUUGCAGUUGCAAGUUUUAUACUUAUUUGCAAAAUAACGGAUCAAAUAAAUCCCCAUUAACCCCAAGUUAUUGACAUUUAUUACAGUAAAUGUACAUAUAAACUUCUGAAUGAAACUGUACUGUAUAUAGAAUAUUUAUUUGGUUAAGGAAGUUUCCCCAUCUGUGGUUUUGAGCAAUAUCUCUGAUGAUAAAGUAAAAUUCAGACACAUUCAAGACUUUUUGUUGUUGUUGUUAUUUCAUGUGAAUCACACAUUUUCUUAAAUUACAAACAAUUCAGCUUUGUUCCUCAAACUGAGUAGAUACAAAUCAAUAAUAUAAUCAUGUCACAAAUGAAAAAAAAAAAACAAUUAAGUUACUAUAUCGUGUGUAAAUAUUGUUUUUAUGUGCUGCCUCUUAAGUUUUGGGGAUUUGAAGCUAUUUCUUAGAGAUCAUAUAUUGUUCGAUUAAUGAGAAACAAAAACAAACAUUUAAACAAAAGUUUUACAUCCUUUGUAUACAGUGUUCUGAAAAAGUAUUUGCCCCCAUUCAGAUUUUCUCUCCUUUUUUGCUUUUUCAGUUAGACUUAUUUUAAUGCUUCAUUUUGUUGAUUUUUUUGUUUUUAGACAAAAGAAUUGAGGCCAUUUUCAAAUUCUUAGUUAGCAAAUAAAGGAAAUUAUUGGUAACUAUACUGACCACUCAAUUGCUGCAAAAUGCUUAAACUUUAUAGAAAAAUUCUUUAAUUUACAGUAUAAGUGAAAUUGAGGAGUGCCGCCAUCAAAUUAAAGGUAAAUAGAUCCAUGCAUAUUCAGACUAAGGUUAAAAAAAUAUAUGUAACUACAUAAAACGAGAUGGUAAAGUAAGACCAAAAUUAUAGAAAAGUAAUACAGUAGAGCUACUUCAAAUAGCAUUCUUGUUUUAAUUAGAAAGAUACAAAAUAUGAUAUGUUGAGAAUAAGCAUCAACAAGCAUUAGUAGCAGAUUUGCCACAAAAGGUUAAAGUCCUGGUAGUUUUAAAGUAUAAAUAAAAUACAUUUGAAAGGAGGAAAAAAUGGUUUCAGUGCACUGUGCCUUACUUAAGGUUGUGAAAUUCUGUAUUAUUAUCAUAUAAUUUUCCCAAAGUAUGAAUUUAUCCUAGGAUUUCUGCUUUGGGACUCAUUAAGCAAAGAUGUCAUUAAUAACGCCAGAGAUAUUCAAACUCUCAAACAUUUUCGCACUUUUUAGCUGAAAUUACACAUUUUUCUCUGUAUCUGGUGCCAAAUGACAUUGUUUCUUUGACGGAUAUCUUUUCUGAAUAUGUUAGAAAUUAGAUGAUUUUGUAAAAUAGCAAAAGAAAUUGUACCGUUUUAAGUUGAUGACAAAUUUUGUUCACUUCUUUGCUGAUGUAGCACUACUUGUACUAUACCUGCCCUUAACUAAAAAAAAGUUAUUUUUGUGACCUUUAUCUAAAUCAAAAUGAGCAAGAAAUUGUGUUUUUUUGUUUGCUUGUUUGUUUCUGUGCCAUGUUUAUAUCACUGUGUGUGUCUAAAUCACAAAUCUGACUAUAAUGAGACACCCUCUCAAAGAUAGAGCCUUGCAAAAGCUUUCAACCAGUAGUACUAUUUCUCCAGAAGAAAAGUAUAACCACAGCAUGAUGCCAUCACUGCUAUGUUUCACAAUGGAGUUCUGGCUGCUUCUUUGUAUUGGUCUUUCAUGUGAACUGGAGUCUGUGGUUACAACCUCAUAAAUGUGAAAAAGGUUCAAGAGGAGUGAAUACUUUUGCAAAUGUUGAGAUAAGAAGCAGAAAACACCUAAUUUGGAUAGAGAUCUGUUGAACUUAAUUCAGUAUCCUCCUCACACUUUGCUCAAAGAGCCCUAAAAGUAUUUUUUUUUGCCCUAAAAAAAACUCGCUUGAUGUGAAUUUGACUGAACACUGCCUUUUUUUGGACACUGUAAACUUUUGGUACUCUAUAUUUUUGUAUGAUGUAUACUGUGAAAAGAAAAAUCCAGGUGAAUAAAUGACUUAUGAUGCCA